AUAGUUAAAGAAAUUUAUAUUAUGUUUAUUCUGAAUUAAUUUUAUCCCUCUUCAGCGCAGCACUCUAUCACAUCUAAGAUGGGCCGUCAUUACGCUAAACGGCCAUUUACCUUUUUCCCCUUCGCCAGGGCCUAUCAGCUAGAUAUGUUUCGAGUCUUGUGAUACUUGAAAGAAUCACGAUUUCCCCACGGUGUCCAUCGAUAGUCUUCAACGAUACGAUACAAUGUCCAAAGUGAACUUGCAACUUCGCGAUGCCGUUCUCCAAGCUGCUCAGCGGCGCUCUGAACGCAGGUCCAACCUUCCUCUCCCAGUCCUGGAGACGAACCGACUUUGAUAAAGGGUACAAGAUGCGCACUGAGCUCCGCCGGAUGAUAGAUGUUGGUAUCCUUGGGAUGGUCAAUGAUCACGAGGCUUCGAAGGAAGGCGCCGAAAGUCCGAAGACUCUCCACGAACUAGCCAACAAUAUCAUCGCCCAUCCCGAGAAAGAGAAGUAUAGGCGAUUCAAGAUUAAUAAUCCCAAAAUUAAGAAGGAUAUCAUGGAGCCGAAAGGCGUGCUCGAGUUCGCCAUAAAGUUACGCGUCAUGUGCCCCAGACUGGGCAAUCGCAUGGAUAUUGUACAGUAUACACGUCAAAAAAAAAGAAUAUUGUCGGUCACCAUGGUGUGCGGCAAUCGGACCUGGAGAACCUGUCGAAAUGGCUUGCAUUUCCUCGUCCACGAUCCCGCUCUCACUUAUGAAAGUUCUAUGCUGUAGCGGCAGUGGGCACCCACUCAUAUUGUUGACAGAUACACAAGUCAAGCGGAAAAAAUGGGCAAACCUUUGUGGCGCGAUGUUUCAGCGGAUACGUGAGAUCGAACUCUCAAGCCAUGCAGCAAUGUUAACCACUGCACCGUAUC